AUGUCCUUAUUUAAGGAUGCACUGCGGCCAUGCCGCUCGAGCUGCCAAAUGCGCAAUCUCUAUAUUGUCCCCAAAAAGCCGUUUCAUCAAACGCGCGAGCUCAGCACAAGUCCUCCCAUUGCCGGCGCAGCGGAAGAAGAGGUCCAAGCCGCACAUAGAUAUUGCCUUAAUCUUCUCGAAAAAUAUGACCGACCCUCUUAUACUUUAAGCACCUUCAUCCCCCGCCAAACACAACCAGCCUACAUCGCCCUCCGCGCCCUCAACUCCACCCUCUCCCUCAUCCCCGACACAACCUCUUCGCACACAAUCGGCCUAAUGCGCCUGCAAUUCUGGCGCGAAGCCAUCGCAAAGACACUCGCAGGCACACCACCGAAAGAACCCAUCGCCAUUCUCCUCGCGUCAGCAAUCGAAGACUUGCACCACAGAAGCGACGGAAAAGCAAAACUAAGCAAGAACUGGCUGAACCGCAUGGUUAAUGCGCGGGAGCAAACGCUUACGAAUGAUCCGUACCCCAAUCUUGAGGCGGUGGAGAGCUAUGCAGAGAAUACGUAUAGUACAUUGCUUUAUUUGACGCUGUCGACUAUGCCGAUGGCUAGUGUUACGGCGGAUCAUGUUGCGAGUCACAUUGGGAAAGCUGCAGGGAUAGCGGCUGUUUUGCGGGGAUUGCCGAUUGUAGCAUUCCCGCAACAAGUGCAGCAGGCGCAGGGUGGACCUGUUCAGGGAGGGUCCAGGCAGGGUGCUGUGAUGCUGCCGUUGGAUGUUAUGGCGCAGGCCGGGGUGAAAGAGGAAGAGGUAUUCAGGCGGGGGGCGGAGGCAGAGGGCCUACGUGAUGCGGUAUUCACGGUUGCGACAAGGGCGAGUGAUCAUUUGAUUACAGUGCAGCAGAUGCUGAGCAAUCUGCGGGCUGGGAGUGACGUCGGCCAUGAUUUUGAACAUGAAGGGGAGGAGGAUCAUCAGUAUGCUGUUGGAGACGGUUCACAGCAUGAGUCGCCUCUCGAUGAGGUAAACCGGGCCUUUGGCGUUUUCAUGCCUGCUGUUGCAACGCGACUCUGGCUGGACAAGCUUGAGAGCGUGGACUUUGAUAUCUUUAGACCCGAGCUUCUUCGGUCUGAUUGGAAGCUUCCGUGGAAGGCUUAUAUGGCAUUUCGACGCAAGUCUUUCUAGAAUAUCUCUAUUAUAGAAUUUACAAUAUAGAACUGAAUGUACAAUAUAAGGUCACCGCUCAUGGCCUAACAAUAAUUGUCAUCGAAUACGGUUUUGUCGCUGUGGACCAAUUCCGAUAAACACCAAGGUCAAUCUCGCUUGGAUACUUUUUGCCUUCUCUGUCGUCUCGAACUGGAAAUAAGGCGUCUUUGUGCCAGUAAUACAGCAUACCGCUGGAUUUUAUCCCGCCUGGCAAGAUGGGUUAGCACGGUCACGAAAUUGUCGAGGGGCGCCUCACAUCAAAAUAAGCGUAGUUGCAAAGACGAAAGGCGGUGCAAUUAUCCAGAAAUAUCUAACCAACCAGAUCAGCUUAGGUUUGUCUGGCCAUGCCAUCUUUAUACUUACGAAUCGCUAUGGUCGGUGACUC